AUGAUGGGAAUCCGUUACUCGGCUGAUAAGCAGCGUCAGGUGCUACUUGGGCAGCAAGCGGCGGGCGGCGGCACUCGGCGCUUGUUGUCAAUACGUGAUUUAACUGCGCAAACAAAUUCUAAGCGACAGUCAAAAUGUAGUGGCUUUAAACUAAUCAACUUGACGGGGUUUACGGCGUGGGAGACAAGUGGGGAGCAGAUGUACGAGCACGUGGCGGCGGAACUCCUCGCCAGUGAGCAGUGUCCUCCAGCAGUGUCGCUGCCACCAGGCGACGCCGCUUAA